UCAGUCCUGCUGUGGCUCCCAGAGCUGGCCUGAGCUCUCCUGGCCGCCCUGCCCUGCUCCUGGUGGGCAGCCCCCAGGUUUGGGACAUGGAUUCUGCCCAGGGAAUCGCAGUCCCUUGCUGGUCUGAGCAGAGCCUCUUCUGUCUAGGGCCCAGGUGUGGCCAGAGGGCUGGACCUGGCCGGCCUGCAGCCCACAGGCCAGUAGGAGCUGCCCGGUGUCUCGGCUUCCAGCCUUCUCCCCGGGUCUGGGAGGAGUGACCGCGGGAAGCCGGUCCCCGUCUCUGCUAACAUCAUGGCUAACACCAUGUCGUCCUGGGUCUGGCCUCUCUCACUCCACUUUAUUGGUUUGGGGUGAUUUUUCUUAGAUUCUAUGGUUAGAUUUCCAGCCCUGUCCCCUUCCCCGUCCCCGCCCCAGGGAAGCAAGGUCCCCUGCACCCAGGCCAGGCAACUCCCUGACCACGGCCCCCAGAAGGGAGCAAAGGGAGCGGCCACGGGCGUGGGGCCAGCAGGGAGCAGGCAGGCCCCGUCUCACGGCUGGUGGAGGGUCCUCCUCAGAACUUCUGCAGGAGGCUGGCUCGGACCCAGGCCGCGUCGGGUGAACAGCGGUUGGUGUCCCGCUGGUGACACGGCAGCUGCCGGGAGAUGGCGAGGGUUUCCAGCCUCUUGGUUUUGGCUGAUGGGCGGCUGUGUAACGAGUUUGCCUGAAACUUAGCAGCUGAAACCCACCGCAGAUGAGCCUUCCCCUCCAGCUCUGAGAACUCGGGAGGCCUGGCCAGGGGCCCUGGCUCCUGGGCUCCACCGAAGCUGCUGGCAGGCUGUGGCUGAGCUGGAAUCUGUGAACAGCAGCUGGGCAUCUGUCCCUCCUGGCCGCAGUGGGUCCUGGCUGCUGGUCCCACCCUUGUGGCGGGGCUUGAUGUGGCCAGAGGGCUUUGGCCUGGCCUGGACGCAGACACUCUCCCUUCUUGGGGCCAGGGCAGGGCUGGAAAUUCAACAGGAUCAGAGAAAAGCCCAAACCAACAAAAGGGAGAGAGAGAAGCCAGACACAAAAGAGGGGCCUGCUGGGCCUCGCUUAGCUCUGGGGGAGAAGUCGGGACAGCGGGAGCUCUGGGGGCUGGGCUUGGGGGUGCUCCCUCCCCACCCCCACACGUGGGGGCCUCGCCCUGUGCUCCUUGCUCUGUGACAGUGUGUCCCCGCGACAGAACGGAACCACAAAACAAUAAAAUCUCAGCGUUUCCGGGUGUGGAAAAUGGGCCUGGGCCUUCCCGUCCCAGCCCCGACGGGGAGACGGCAGGUCUGCAGACUUUCUUUUUAACUUUUUUUUUUUUCCUCUGACAACUUCCCCUUCAGCACAGGCGAGGACCAGCCUUCGGAGGACGUCCUUGAUGAACUCCUUAAGAUGGCUCCAGAGAAGGUGCGCGCUGUGGAGGAGGCCAUCGUGAGCUUCGUCAACCACUCGCUGCGGAGCCUGGGCCUGGCCGUGCAGAGCCUCAAUUCCCAGUUUGCAGACGGAGUCAUCCUGCUCCUGCUGAUUGGACAACUGGAAGGCUUCUUCCUGCACCUAAAGGAGUUCUACCUCACCCCGAGCUCUCCUGCAGAAAUGGUGAGCCUUCCAGAGGUGCACAAUGUCACCCUGGCCCUGGAGCUGCUGAGGGACGCGGGCCUGCUCAGCCACCCCGUCAGCCCUGAAGACAUUGUGAACAAGGACCCCAAGAGCACGCUGCGGGUGCUCUACAGCCUGUUCUGCAAGCACAAGCUCAAGGCCAGCGCAGACGGGACCCCCUGUGGCACCCUGCACUAGCCGUCACCUGGCCCCAGCGCGGUGCUUGACAACCCGCCAUCUGGACUCUGCUGGAGGGUCCGGCCGAGGGACCCCCUCAGCCCAGCAAGUUCCUGUCUGAGCCACCCCACUGCCGUCUGCGCCACAUGAACAGCCUGAGCCCACCAGGUGGGGUCCCUUGAGGCCAACCCCUGCCUGGCUCAGGGAUUCUAACUACAGUGUUCCUGGGGCUUCAGAGCCGGGGGGUCCUGGGCAGCAGGAACCCAGCAAUGCCCUCUGCUCUCGGGGGUCAGGACCGACAGCCGAGGUCCGAGGCUCUGCACAUUCUGCUGCCCGUCUGCCCCCACUCGGGGUGACAGCCCAGGACACCCCCCGCCAGGGGCAGGAGUUGUGGCUCCAAAGACAACGAGCCUGUUGCUCCGGAAGCCGCCUCGGUGCAUGCCCAAGAAUCCAGGCCGCGACACCCCUACAGCCGUGGCUGUGGUUUUGCCCAAAAGUCACGCAGCAGACAUUCCCAUGGUUCAGCUCCCGUCUGUCCCCAGGGAGCGUCCUCCUCAAAGGGUGAGAAACUCAGAGGAGAGCUGGGCACAGCUGUCCCCUCCAGGACCGGCUUUAGAGGCCCCGGAGCUGCCCUCGGGUGGGAGCAGCUGGCUCCUCCCCACGCUCCCCGCCCCGGCCGAGCCCCCCUGGAGACAGAAGCUUCCAGGACACAGGUGAAUGGCGUUGCUCUGGGGAGGGCUGUGGAGCAGGGGCUGGCUGGGCCAGGCCCCCCACCCAUCAGCUGGGGGCUCAGGAGGACGUCCUGCAGGAGGUGACGUGGGAGCUGGGAAUGGGGAGGGGGCCCGGGGGCUCACGGCCCCGUCCGAUGACCCCUCUUCAUCUCUCCACAUCCUGCUGCCUCUGGAACAUGUCCCUCUCCUAUUCCAGGAGUGUCCCCCUCUGAGGAGCCAGGCUAGGUCCCCUCCAUGAGAGGCUCCCCUCCUGGAACCCCUGAUGCCUCUCACCCCGUCUACACCAGGCUUCAUGGGUGAAUGCCCCAAAUCCACGCCCCGUCCUGGGUCCAGGCCUCAUGUCCAGCAGGCUGGCUCCACGUGGCCACUCCAAGUCUUCACCUGACUCUGCUGGACAGCAGAUUUUUAAGAUAAUUAUUAAAAAUUGAUUUUUUCAGCCAGGCCUGAUGAUGUAAUCCCAGCUCCUCAGGAGGCUGAGGCAGAAGGAUCCAAAGUUGAAGGCCAGCUGUGGCCAUGCAGUGAGACCCUGCCUCAGAACCUGGUGGAAAGGGAGGAGCGUUGGCCUGGCACGUGCCGAGCCCUGGGUUCCAUCCCCAGCACCACACACACACGAAAAUCAAGUCUUUGUAGCUUCACUAAGGGACCCACAGUUGGUAAAAUCUCCCAAUGGAACCACCCAGUCUGAUGAGUCUCCACGAAAGCAUAGAGUCACGUAACCCCAGGAAGAUGGAGGCAGGAACAGUCCCACCACCCACAAGAGCCCUCGAGCCAGCCCCUUCCCCGAGUCCUGGCCCUGGAAACUGCCAAUCUGCCUUCUGUCCCCAUCGAUUUACCUUUUCUAGAAUUUAAAUAUAAAUGCACCAGAGAGGGUGUAGGCUUUUGUGGAUGGUUUCUUUUCCUUUGCACAAAUCUGCUGGGUUUUUAUGCAAAGUUUCUUUUAUCAAUAAACGCAUCGCCUUUUCUUGCUGAAAACA